CCCUAUUUCUCACCAUUUCUCUUUUUCUUCUUCACUUCUUAACUCAACAGCCAUCCCUGGAGGAGUAACCAGACACAUAAACGCAGUAAUAUCACCAGUUAACCCUGCGAAACUAGAGUCCACCUAUCGCCUUCUGUUCAGCGUCACUCAACAAGCCACACCCUUCCACCUUGAUUUCUGCUUGACCAAGUCGACAUAACGGUCAACUGUACCCGUCAAGCCAUAUAUUCGAGAUAUAUAUCAGGUGAUUCGACACACAGUAGAGCACGAACAACAUGUCGAUCGAACUUAGUCCCUCUACCCAACUGGGUUUCCCCCGUCCCUUCACCAGCGUCGUCAAGCGCUCGCUUCUCAUCCAUAACCCCAACUACCACCCUGUUGCCUUCAAAGUCAAGACGACUGCGCCGAAGCAGUACUCUGUGAGGCCCAACUCUGGAAGAGUUGAGGCUGGAGAGAGCGUCGAAGUGCACAUCAUGCUGCAGCCUUUAGCCCAGGAACCCCCUCCCCACGCCAAGUGCAAGGACAAAUUCUUGGUUCAGUCUGCGUCCAUCACUCCUGACGAAGAAAUGCACUCUUUGGCGGAAUUGUGGUCACAAUUGGAAAAGACAAACAAGGGCGCUAUUAGCGAGCAAAAGCUCAAAGUUGUGUACCUCCCCGCCGAAGACGGAUCCACAAAUAACCAGGGCAUCCCUGAAGAAGACGAGGCUAAUGAGGCUAGCAGGGUUGAAGAGCCAGCCAUCUUCAGCCACGCCCAAACAUCACCUUCCCACGAGAAACCCUUUUCUCCCCUCGAACAACCCAAGUCUGUCGACACCACUGCUCCUGCUCUUGCCCCCACUCAACCUCCUCUUCCAUCUCUCUCUCCCGCUGCGGUUAACUCUACCAACUCAGCGCUCGAGCAAUCUCUUGCGGCCACCACCUCUGAUUCUGAAAAACUGGCCGUUGCGCUCAAGGAGAUUGAAUCUCUUCGUGCCCAACUGGAAGAGGCCAAGGGUCCUCAAGUCUCUGGCUUGAGGAAGCGGGGUAUGGCCGGAGGUGCUAACGAGCCUGCAAACAAGCCUGCGCAAGCUGUGGCUACUGCUCAACAGCAAGGUGUCCCCCUCGAAAUUGUCAUCGGGCUCAUGGUCGGUGUCUUUGUGUUGACUUACCUGUUCUUCUAAUUACCCGCUCAAGAGCCUGGAGUGUCUUUAGAAUGUGCGGUAAUGGGAAUAAAAAAGAGAUGGAGCAAAUAAACGCUGCGGGUAAGGAGACAAAGUGGGAAGGGAUUGGAUAGGGUCUAAAUUAAGACUUUGACGUCGAGGGGAUUUACCAUUUACCUAUUUUUAUUUAUAAGGUAGAUUUGUUUAUUUCAGAUGUGAUUAUCGACUCUGUGCAUCACCACAUGCGGACACUCAAGGAACAUGAUUGUUGACUACCAAUCUUCCGGUUCAUCCACCCAUUCACCUUUCCUUCUCAACUCCCUUUCUACUUCUCUAAUCUUUCUAUACCCGCCCCACCUCGCUUCCACCCCCUCCGCAUCAUUUCUUUCCACCCCCAGUUCUCUUCUUAGUUCUCCUAUGCCCUGCUCCCAUCUCUUCUCCCAAUAUACCGUCACGAGGCUCCUCCCUUCCCGCCCCGUCCUUAGUGCCCAGGGUACCCAAUCUCGCGUCCAGGUCUCUUUUCUCUUUAACCUCAGAGGACCGAAAACAGAAGAGAGGAGUGCUACGGGGAGGGACAUAUUGGAGAAUUCGAGGACUUUGAGGGAUAGUUCGUGUGGAAGAGUGGGGGGUAAGGAGAAGAGGGUGUGAUAGAGAUCGUGGGUUUGGCGGUAACGAAGCAUUGUGUAUGCUAAGAGUGGAGAAUCGAUGUAUUGCACCUGGGGUUUGCAUCAGCUCCAAUUAAUUCCUCAAGUUAAAAGCGUUGAAAGGCUCACAGGAGCUCGGCUCUCUGGUUCCAGCCCUCCACCUCCCAACCACUCUACAUAUUCUCUCCCCAGCGUGCCCCUCUUCAGUUCUUUCAGUUUCUCAAUCGUCUUAUUCGUAAUCUCCGGUCGAUCCUUCAUAAUCUGUCUCCCCUCAGGCGUCAUUUUCAUCUUCUCGUGUAGCGCCGGAAGGAAAAUACCGGCUGUGGACUCCGAGAGGGAAGCGAUGAGAUCACCGCGUGUGACGUCGAGGACGCCGACAACGC